AUGCGAAACACUCGAGUAGUAGGACUCGUGUUGUUGCUGUCCAUCGCUUUGGUUUUUCACAUUCUAGGAACCAUCAAACUUUCGAAUGAUUUAAAUGAUUUACCUUCUCUUUUGUCUUUAUAUAAUCAUCCAAUUUUUAAUCAAUUAUUAGAAUGGCGAAAACGAAUUGAAAAUUCCGAAACCAUGUUGCCAUUCAAUGAUCAACAAGUGACAGCAUCCGUUCAAUGUUCCAUGAAAUUUGUAGUCUUUUCCAAGUCGUGGUUUUCAAGUACCAGUAGUGGUAGUGAAAAUUCACAUCACGAACAAUUAUUAAACACUUUAAAAAGUAUUUUGAAAUUACGGAAUUUUCGAAUAUUUAUUCCUUGUAUUACGGUUGUUGUCGAUUCAACAAUGAACGAAAAGAAAAAUUCUAAACUUGAUUUGGAAACUAUUUUACAAAAACAAUUGAAUUUAAAUCAACAAGAGUUAAAAGUUUCGAAUUCUCUUCAAGAAUUAAAUAACAACGAAUUUGAAUCAUGGAAACAAUCUCAACAACCAUUCUCAACACUCAUUUAUCUCGUAGAAGAAGGAUAUGAAUUUUGUGAAAGGUCUCUCUAUCAUUUAAUGAAUAUUGCAAAAGAAGCAGCAAUGAAAAAGAAGAAACGAAAUGUGUAUCGAGCUUCUACUGGAAUUGUUAAUGGAUUAAUUUUUAAUGACAAAAUAAUGAAUGAGUUUUUGAACAAAUUAAUAAUGGAAGCAUCCACAAAGAAGAAUCCAACGAGUAGAUUUGUAUUAACAGAAUUGUUGGUUCUUGAUUUUUUAAAAAAGAAGGAUUUAUACAUGCAUCGCUGGCAACUCAUGACGAAAGAGGAAAUUCCAAAGCAAAAUGUGAAUGUACAUCAACCCCAAUGUUACGAAACACUGAUUGAUCCUACUUCACUGUUUUCAUUUGAUGUGGAUCGCUGCAAACACUCAAAAUUUUCACCAUGUGAAAGAAAUGAUGAUGAUUUGUUAGUGGAAAAUGAACUAAAUUCCAAAAACAAGUUCAUUGACACUGAAUUCGUUCACGACACUGCUCAAGAGGUGAUUUUCCCAGCAACUUCCAAGUUAAGUCUUUCACAACUUCAACAAGCUGAAUCAGUGUUGGCAGAAUUGGGAUCCUCUUGUGAUCAGGCAUGUGUAAAGAAGGGAAUGAAAUGCAAUCGAGAAUAUUUUCCAUAUAUCAAUAGGUGUGACGAGUUUAAACAAUAUCAUCAUUUGAGAUGUGAAUGUCUGAGAGAAGAGGAAGCAACUUCUCGAGCGCCUUAUCUCAAUCAAGAGAGGUGUAUGAUUGCUCUACGAAGAUCUGCAUUCAGGUGCGAUUCACGACCCAAAGAUAAGGCAGAAAGACGAUUAUGUCCUUGUUCUCCAAAAGAAACUAGUUAA